AUGUCCAUCCCUUUAGAUGCAACCAAGUUGCGCAUCACACGAAACCCGAAUCUGGUAGAGCUCCCAGACCCAAGUAAGCUCCAGUUUGGCAAAAAUGCGACCGGUAAGAUGAAUUAUAGCCCCAAGACACAAGCAAAAAUAAUGAAAGCUAAAAGGAUCAAAUAUGCAGACCACAUGCUUCAGAUCCAAUGGUCAGAAUCUUACGGGUGGCAUGAACCACGCAUUGUGCCUUAUGGAAAUCUCAGCAUUGACCCUACCGCCGGAGUCUUCAACUAUGCAUUCGAGUGUUUUGAAGGGUUGAAAGCAUACAAGGAUGCCCAAGGCCGUCCACGACUUUUCCGACCAGAAGUUAAUAUCGCGCGACUCAAUCAAUCCGCUGCACGAGUUGCCCUCCCGACCUUCGACCCCGCCGCGUUUCUAGCCCUCUUGGCUGAGUUCGUGGCAACCGAAUCUCGGCAUAUACCUGCCAUCCGAGGCUACUCACUAUACCUACGCCCAGUCCUAAUUGGAACAAACCCCGGCCUGAGCGUUUCCCAUCCCACGGCCGCGCUUCUCUAUGUUGUUGCAACACCCGUCGGAUCGUAUUUCAAAAAUGGGCCCAAUGCAAUUACGCUAGAAGCGGUAAACAGUGCGCAAUGGGUACGUGCGUGGCCUGGAGGAAGUGGGAACCACAAAAUAGGGGCCAACUACGCCCCCUGCAUGGUGGCGGAAGCGGCGGUCCGACAACGGGGAUCGGACCAGGUGCUUUGGUUAUUUGGAGAAGACGACUUGCUUACGGAAGCCGGAACGAUGAAUCUAUUCAUCGUGCUUCGGCGGCCAGAUCUCGGUUCGGGCAUUCGCGAGCUCGUGACGCCACCAUUGGAUGGCACGAUCCUUCCGGGUGUCAACCGGGACAGUGUGCUCACGUUGGCACGGGAGAGAAUGGAGGGAUAUGGUUGGAUUGUACAAGAGCGAAGUAUUUCGAUGGCCGAGUUGGAGGCAGCGAGUGCGGCUGAUAAUUUGCAGGAGGUUUUUGGGACGGGCACUGCGGCGAUCGUCAGUCCCGUUCGGGAAAUUCGUUGGGAAGGACGGGCGAUCAGCUGCGGGGUUUCUACGAAAAUGGGCGAGGUGGCCGCCAAGAUGAAGAUGUGGAUCGAAGCGAUUCAGUAUGGUGAAGAUGAGCAUGAGUGGAGUGUUCUGGUGGAUGAACUUUCCUCAGGGAUCAGUUGUGCUGUGAAGCUUUAA